AUGGCGGAUAAGAGAAAACGCCGACGAGCAGACGCCGAUUCCGACGACGAAUCUGUUCGCCUCCCCUUCAAAAACCGUCUCAAACCAGACUCCGUCAUCCUAUCAAUACUCGAAACCCUAACCGAAGCCACCAAAUCAGCCUCAACUUCUAAAACCCUAACCCUCUCCGAUCUCAACCUCUCAUCCACCUGCCGUGAAGUCACCGACUUAACCUUAUCCUCUGUCCAAACCGAGAUCCAAACACUAGCCAUCUCUCUUGCUAAAUCGAUCCUCGCCGGCAACGGCUUCUCCUUCUCCGUCCCCUCACGCGCCGCCACCAACCAACUCUACGUCCCUGAGCUCGAUCGCAUCGUCCUCAAGGACAAAACCUCCGUUCGCCCCUACGCCUCUGUCUCAACAGUCCGGAAAACCACUAUCACAGCCCGUAUCCUGUCCCUCAUCCACCAACUCUCCCUCAAAAACAUCCACGUCACCAAGCGUGACCUGUUUUACACCGAUGUCAAGCUGUUUCAAGACCAGACUCAGUCCGAUGCUGUUUUGGAUGAUGUUUCGUGUAUAUUAGGUUGCACCAGGUCAUCACUGAAUGUUGUCGCAGCUGAAAAGGGAGUGGUUGUAGGCAGACUUAUAUUCAGCGACAAUGGCGAUAUGAUUGAUUGCACGAAAAUGGGAAUGGGAGGAAAAGCAAUUCCUCCGAAUAUAGAUAGAGUAGGUGACAUGUCAAGCGACGCAUUGUUCAUACUCUUAGUUGAAAAGGAUGCUGCUUACAUGAGAUUAGCUGAAGACCGAUUCUACAAUCGAUUUCCUUGCAUAAUCGUGACAGCGAAAGGGCAACCUGAUGUUGCCACCAGGUUGUUCUUGAGGAAGAUGAAGAUGGAGCUAAAAUUACCUGUGUUGGCUCUUGUAGACAGUGAUCCUUAUGGUUUGAAGAUCUUGUCUGUUUAUGGCUCUGGAUCAAAGAACAUGUCUUAUGAUAGUGCAAAUUUGACUACACCUGAUAUCAAAUGGUUGGGUGUUAGGCCUAGUGAUUUGGACAAGUAUAAGAUACCAGAACAGUGUAGAUUGCCAAUGACAGAGCAGGAUAUUAAGACUGUUACAGCAGCAAGAUUGGCUAUAGUGAUGUUUAGGUCUCGAGUGAUCUCUGCGUAGGCCGACUAGUUGCUAGUCUCCAGUCGAUACAACUUUUGGAACCUUGAGUCUCCAUUCAGUUUCAUGGAGCUCCUAGCUUAUUACCUAAAUUUUAUUAACCAUAUAGCAUUUUAUGUUGAGUUGUUUGGACUAAGAUUAUGUUUAUAGUAACUAGGAGAAGCCCAUGCUCCCCAUGGGGUGAAUGGACUUUAGAUAUUAAGUCGACUAAAGUAAUUUUAUUAGUCCAAAAAUUAAAGACGGAAAAAGAAAACUAUUCGUAUUAGGAGAAGUUUGGAAUGUUGGUGGCGGAAGUGCAAAAAGAAAAGUAUGGGGGCAAAUUGGAGAAAAGUUGAAAAAAAUGUGACAAAAUCCAGAAACUAAAAAGUUUACUGUUCCCAACCCCCC